CGCGGGCGGUGUGAGCGAGGCCGCGGCCCGCGGGGGCGAUGGAUAAACUGACCAUCAUCUCAGGAUGUCUCUUUCUGGCCGCCGACAUCUUCGCCAUCGCCAGCGUCGCCAACCCGGACUGGAUCAACACCGGGGAGUCCGCCGGAGCACUCACAGUGGGCCUUGUGCGACAGUGUCAGACCAUCCAUGGACGUGACAGGACGUGUAUUCCUCCUCGGCUCCCCCCAGAGUGGGUCACGACAUUAUUUUUCAUCAUCAUGGGAAUCAUUUCAUUGACUGUCACAUGUGGUUUGCUAGUGGCUUCACACUGGCGAAGAGAAGCUACUAAAUAUGCUCGUUGGAUAGCAUUCACUGGAAUGAUCCUUUUCUGUAUGGCAGCCCUAAUAUUCCCAAUAGGAUUUUACAUCAAUGAAGUUGGAGGUCAACCAUAUAAAUUGCCCAACAAUACAGUAGUUGGGUCAUCAUAUGUACUGUUUGUCUUAUCCAUUUUCUUUACAAUAGUGGGACUUUUAUUUGCUGGCAAAGUUUGUUUACCUGGCUGAUGAAUGUCGAAAACUGCUUGACUUUAUUUUUCCUUUUUUUUUCGGGAGUAAAACAGAGGCAAGGCAUCAGAGAGGUGCAUUCUCAGGAGAAUGCCCAGAUCGGACUUGCUGACGUUCGGAAAAGAGGAAUGCUUUGACUUGUUCUCACUAUGCACUUUGGAGAAAAAGGAGAGCCUUUUCCAUAACCAAAUACAGACAACAUUGACUAAUCUCCUGAGCAUAUUCAUGCAGUCAGGUCUGCACUGUGAUAGCAACCUAGUCAAGAAGAAUGCUUUCUAUUGAAAAGCAUAUGGCCCUUUGUUACUGUACCAGUUCGUUUUUAACUUCUAACAGUUCAUUUCCAGGGGGAGGGGAGAAAAAGUAUUUAUGAACUUCAUGAUGGACCAUAGGGUUGCAAGAGAAGUCCAAGUGGGGCUGGCCUCACUGUCUAGGAAAUUAGUGUUCACAGCUUCCUUGUGAUGGGGAAAAACCUUUGACACUAAAAUGGAUUGUCACUGCAUUUCUGCACCAAGAUGCCAAUAGAUCAAAUUGUGUGUGCUCAGAUGUAUGUAAAAAAAAAAAUCCUUAAAUUCUCUUA